CUCAGAAUCUGUGUCUCAAACUCUGAAGACUCCCAACUCUAAAACCCAAGUAGCUUUCCCAUGGUACCCCUCAUUUCCUUCCACACCUCCACAACAACGCACCCUCUCCUCCUAACUCAAACCACCUUCACCCCAUUCCUCCACCUCUCCCGCCCCAAACUCCACCUCCCCAAACGAACCCACUUCCCCAUUUCCUCCAUCUCCCAAAACCCAAACCAAUUCACCCGCCAAAACCCACAGCCCCCGAGAACCCAGUUCCCUGGUGGCUUCAAGCGCCCGGAAAUCAAGCUCCCCAACAUCGUUCUCCAACUCGACCCUGAAGAGGUCUUAGCUUCUGACGACGUAUUGCCUUUGGUCGAUAAAGCUGUCUCCAAAUGGGUCGGGAUUCUCGUCCUCGACGGCCGUCAAGCUAACGGCGGCCGCCUCUAUGACGCCGCCUGUAAGUUGAAGUCGCUGGUUAGAGACCGGGCCUAUUUGCUGAUAUCCGAGCGCGUGGAUAUUGCAGCUGCAGCUAAUGCGAGUGGGAUUCUACUCUCCGAUCAAGGUCUUCCUACUAUUGUGGCAAGAACCACAAUGAUGGCUUCGAAAUCGGAUUCGGUAAUCCUUCCUUUGGUGGCUAGGAAUGUGCAAGAUGUUGAGGCUGCCAUAAACGCCUCCAGCUCCGAAGGAGCUGAUUUUCUUAUAUAUGGUGUUGGCGGAGAGGAGAAUGUUACGGUAGUGCUGAAGUCUCUGUUUGAAAAUGUGAAGAUACCGAUAUUUGUGACGAUCAGUUCAAAUAGUAGGUUGUAUACAGAGGUGCCAGGACUACUCAAAUCUGGGGCUAGUGGAUUGGUUAUGUCUUUGAAGGAUUUCAGGAUGCUUGAUGACAAUGCUUUGAGCAAGUUGUUUGAUAUUGUGUACAUGGCGGAUAGUAAAGCACAUGAUGAAGUUGAAAGCUUUAGUAAGCUCGAAUUUUCAGACGUGAAGAGUGGCCCUAAGGACACUGUUGCUGGGUUUCUUAAGUUGGAGGAUAGAGAAAAGAAGUUCAUAGAAACAGAGAGAUCGGUGUUGCUUAAAGCAAUAAAUGUCAUCCAGAGAGCUGCUCCACUGAUGGAGGAGGUUUCGCUUCUAAUCGAUGCAGUAUCUCAAAUUGAUGAGCCAUUUUCACUGGUUAUAGUGGGCGAAUUUAACUCUGGGAAAUCGACUGUUAUUAAUGCACUUCUUGGGAGAAGAUAUCUUAAAGAGGGGGUUGUUCCCACAACUAAUGAGAUCACCUUCUUACGCUAUUCUGAGAUGGACGGUGAGGAACAAUGUUGUGAAAGGCAUCCAGAUGGUCAAUAUAUAUGCUACCUUCCAGCUCCCAUUCUUAAAGAAAUUAAUGUUGUUGAUACACCUGGAACUAAUGUGAUAUUGCAAAGGCAACAACGCCUUACCGAGGAAUUUGUACCCCGUGCUGAUUUGCUUCUUUUUGUUCUCUCUGCCGAUCGCCCUUUAACUGAAAGCGAGGUCGCUUUUCUUCGUUAUACUCAGCAGUGGAAGAAGAAAGUAGUGUUUGUCUUGAACAAAUCUGAUAUCUAUCGGAAUGCUCAUGAGCUUGAGGAAGCAAUGUCAUUCAUCAAGGAGAAUACCCAGAAAUUGCUGAAUACUGAACAUGUGACAUUAUUUCCCGUUUCUGCACGAACUGCUCUUGAGGCAAAACUUGCGUCUUCUGCUUUCAGGGAAGAUUACAAAAAACUAUCAGUAUCUGAUUCUCAGCGGAAGAGCAACAACUUCUAUGAACUUGAGAACUUCUUGUAUAGUUUCUUAGAUGGGUCAACAAGUACAGGAAUGGAAAGAAUGAAACUUAAAUUGGAAACACCCAUUGCAAUUGCGGAGAAACUACUUUCUGCUUGUGAAACUCUUGUGACACAAGACUACCGAUAUGCCAAGCAGGAUUUGACCUCAAUAAAUGAUAUAGUUGGCAGCGUAAAGAACUAUGCAGUGAAGAUGGAAAAUGAGAGCGUUGCUUGGAGAAGAAGAAUUUUGUCUGUGAUUGAUACAACAAAGUCACGUAUUGUGGAGCUCAUAGAAGCUACUCUGCUUAUAUCAAAUCUUGAUCUUGUUGCUUUCUAUGUUUUCAAAGGGGAAUCUGCUACCAUUCCAGCCACCUCAAGGGUUCAGAACGACAUUAUAGGACCUGCAUUUUCAGAUGUACAAAAACUCCUCGGAGAAUAUGUCAUAUGGCUGCAAUCGGACAAUGUUCGGGAAGGAAGAAUGUACUCAGACACAUUUGAAAAGUGUUUGCCUUCAUUCGUAUAUCCACAAAGUCGGGUGAAUUUGGAGAGAUUUGAAUCGCUGGAAAAAGUAAAUAAACACAGCUUGAAAGUCAUGGAGGACUUCAGCGCUAAUGCUGCUGCCAAAUUGUUUGAGCAAGAAAUACGUGAAGCGUUUCUUGGCACUUUUGGUGGACUAGGAGCAGCUGGUUUAUCUGCUUCACUUCUGACAACUGUGCUGCCGACCACUUUGGAAGAUCUUCUUGCUCUUGGUCUUUGCUCAGCUGGCGGGUUCAUAGCUAUAUCAAAAUUUCCAGUUCGUAGGCAAGAGAUGAUAGAGAAGGUAAAAAGGACUGCGGAUGGCUUGGCACGUGAGGUUGAGCAGUCUAUGCAGAACGAUCUUUCAGAAGCUAUUGAGAACUUGGAAAGGUUUGUGAAAAAAGUCAGCCAGCCGUACCAAGAUACAGCACAGCAGAGAUUAGACAAACUCCUAGAGCUUCAAAAUGAAAUAUCCAAUGUUGAUAAACAACUACAAACACUACGAAUCGAAAUCCAAAAUCUUCAUGUAUCGUGAUACAUAGUCAAAUUUAGCCGUCAUUCCGGGCAUUUCACCUUGCGAUUGUACUCGGUAGGCUUGUAAAUGGAAAAUAUUUAGAACAUUUUUCCUUUGUUUUUUUGUAACAAGCAAAUGUAAGGAUCAAAUAUCAAAUAAGAACAAUCACUUGGAAUUG